GCUUCCUUCCGGCUUCCCUUCCUCCCUGGCAGAGCAUGAGACUAAGAAGUCCUUAAUCGGGGCAUCAGAUCAGGGACUCUCCAGGACUCUGUGUGUAUCUGCCAUCCAAAACUGAAGGGUAGUGCCUGCCUCUCCCUGUCUGCUGUGUUCUCCACCUGAAAACAUUGCUGGGGGAUGAUCUAUUAGUUGGAGUCCACGAAGCCCUUGAAAUAGCAGCCUACCCUACGCAGUGUGCUUCUUCAGCCAAAACCAGAGCAUCCACCAUGAUGAAAGCACUGAGCAUUACACCAGUCCCAUCCUUCAGUGGGAUGCCCGGGCUCAGGUGAGAAACAUCAGAGCUACAGAGCCCUCCCUCUGACCACCAUGGAGCCCACAGCUCACAGCCAGCAGGAGGCAUUGACCCCUUCCAGCACAGAGACAGCAGAAGACCUUGCCUUCAAGUUAAAUGCUGCUGUGAGAGACAGUAAUGUAAAAGAUGUGCUGGAGCUGCUGGAGAAAGGGGCAGAUGUGAACUCCAAAGCAGAAAGUGGCUGGACACCACUGCAGAGUGCUGUGCAAGCUAAUGAAGAGGACCUGGUCCGGCUUCUGCUGGACAAGGGUGCUUGUCCAUAUGCCAGGAAGGACAAUGGUGGCACUGCAUUUACUGAGGCAGCAAUAGCAGGAAAUGUGAAUAUACUGGAGCUACUCCUUGAUCAUGGGUUAAAUAUUAAUGACUAUGAUGACAACGGCUUCACAGCUUUCAUGGAGGCUGCAUGGUAUGGGAAGGAAGAAGCUUUGAAAUUCCUGUAUAGCAAAGGAGCAAAUGUGAAUUUGAGAAGGGUAGUUAGUGAAGAGAAAGCGAAACUGCAUAAAGGAGGAGUGACAGCACUGAUGGAUGCUUGUAGGAAGGGCCACUUCUCAGUUGUAAAAACUCUUGUCCAAGAAAUGGGGGCUAACAUGAACACUUGUGACAACAAAGAUAGGAAUGCCUUGAUCCAUGCCCUCAAGGAGGGUUGUGCCAAGGAAAGAUAUGAGUCAGCUGUCUCCAUUGGCCAUUUCCUGCUGGACCAUGGUGUUGAUGUGAACAGCAAAGAUGAAUGUGGAAAAACUGCCCUCAUCCUAGCUGUUGAAAUGCAGAGCCCAGAUUUGGUGAAAGCUUUAUUGGAGAAGGGUGAAAUGGAUAUCGAUGAUGCAGAUGAGGAGGGCAACACAGCACUGAUGGUGGCUGUAGAGAAAAAUUAUUACGAUAUAGCAAAGUUGUUGUGUGAAAAAGGAGCAAGGACUGAUGUUGGGGACCUUAUCGCUGUUGCGAAUAGGAACCGUGCUCAUAACAUGGCACGUCUUCUUCGCCAGUAUAAUGCCAAGUUUGUUCCACAAGCCUUCAAAGACUGGGAGCCAAAGAGCAAAUGCUGGAGGGAUCAACUGAAGAAACUAUAUAAAAUAUAUCGCCCUAUGAUUGGCAAACUGAAGACAUUUCAAUAUAUCCAGCAGAGAAUUCAGAACACUUCUCAAGGUGGCAUCUACCUGGGGCUCUAUAGUGGGACAGAGGUAGCAGUAAGAAUAAGCCGCAGUACAGAGGGUGACAAAGAGAAGAGGUUCUUUGAACAAUGUAGUAACUGCGAACAUCUACUGAAGCUCUUCCAGUUUGAGAAAGCAAAAGGCUACAUGUACUUAUGUUUUCCUCUCUGGGAGAAAAAUCUUGAAGAAUAUCUGCAAGAACCAGAAGGUCAAAUGGAUUGCAAAGGUGCUCUGAGGAUGAUCUUCCAGGCAGUGAGAGAGCUGCACUCCCUUGGAUUUGCUCACCAGGAUCUGCAUCCCAGCAACUUUUUGAUAGAUUUAGGCGGCAAAAUUUACCUUGCGGACUUCGAUAAUAAAAGGAAGUUGAUUGAAGGCAAAAAAGAACUUGUAAACUCAGAUUUAGAGGCCCUCAGCAGUCUUAUGCUGUAUGUUUUAACAGGGGGUAGGAAACCCCUUCAGCAAGUCAGUGCCAAAGAUUUAGUUGCUGAUUCCCCAGAUUACAAGGAGGCUCUGGAUCUCGUAAGUAGCCUGGUGUCUCAUGAUGAACGAGGCUUGGAAGGUUUGAGCAAACAUCCCUAUUUCUGGAGCAAACAGAUCAGGUUCAAUUUCCUGAAGACUGUAUGGAAUAAAAUCAAAGAUCUCCGCAACCAGAAAGCUGUCUUUCAAGCUCCUAAUGCUACUGAAAGUUUUCCUUAUCCACGGUGGACUGAGAAAAUUAACAAAGAUGUUCUGAACAUCAUGGAAAAUCCCAGGAAAGGAAGAUCAUUCAAAUAUAGCAACAAUGUCACCGACCUACUUAGGUUCAUCAGAAACCUGGAUGAACAUCCAAAUACCAGGAUCAACAACGAAAUAGGAGACCAUGCUGAGUAUUUCUUGAAGCUUUUUCCAGCACUUACCAUUUAUGUUUACAACAGUUUACGCCAGAAUCCUGAAUACAGUGACUUUGCAGACAUUCAGUACCCUUUUCUGUAGGAUGUCAUUGCCUUCUGUCCCAUGACCAAUCCCACCAUCACUGCCUCAUUUUAUUUCCUAUUUCUUCAUCUGCAAAAGAGUUGAAGAAAGUGAGUAAGGAGAUGGGAGAGAGCACAUGCAGGGACAGAGUAUGGAGGACUUAAGCUAAGAAACUAAAGAUGCUUUGGAAGUGUUUGGUGUAACAGGCUUUGGAGAGGAAUCAAGUUGAAUGCCAGCCCAGGUCCCCCUUGACUACUCCAUCCCUCUGGGCUUAUCUGCCUCUGUAAGGUGCAGAUCAAGGCCCUGAUCCUUAUGGAGAGCAGGGAGAUGUGGGGCAGCCCCCAUAAACCUGAUAUGUCUGGGAGGCAAGAGAAGAGCUCAGGCAUUGCCAGGUGACAUGGGACUCCAAUACAGGAAAAACAGUUCCGGCUCCUUGCUAGGGCAAAUAUUCCCUACAGCUUGCGCUGAUGAGCUGCUCAUCUACCCCUAGAAGGACAUGAAUCCUCUCUUUUCAGUCUUUCUGAAACACAGCAGCCAGAAAAUAAGAUGCCUAGGCAACGGGUUGUUAUUCCUCUGAUCUGUUAAAGGCACACUCAGGUCAGCCUGCUGGGACCUGAAGGACUUCUUUUGGGGAACACAGGAGAUGUUUCCACAAGGAAUGGGUGUAAGGAGCACAAUUCCACAAAACUGCUACCGUGAGUAGUCCUGACUCACCUGAAAAAGGUCACUGACAUCAAAGGGACUGCAGGGACCGGUUCCUUCUGAAGAGGACAAGCUCUGUUGUGGCAGGCUGCAUCUGCAAGGCAUACAAGCGCUUUCUGUCUCCAAACCAGUGCCAUUGUUGAGGUAUUACUGUCCUGCCAGACUUGGCUCCCCUGCACGACACUGAUGCCCAUACAGCCACAGCAUGCAGCCAGCUCAGAGCUUUGAUAUUGGAGGCUGGGUGUCACAAACCCAUUUCUGGAAUCCUACAACAUGCAGUGUGUGCCUGAUUGUCCAAGGGCUCGCUUGUUUUUCCAUUAAUGAUCUGAUUUGCACAAUGAUUACAUGUUGCGUAUGGAAAUAUUUCUCAGCUGUUGAAACGAUUUUUAUUUUUUUCAAACUGAGGUUGUUAAUUCUUUCAAUUAGCCUGUGGAGAAUCAAACUUGGAAUAAACUUGCCUGGAAAACUGA